AUGGCGAAGAACGCUCCUCUUGGCCUCGCUGGCCUGGUCCUCCUCGCUGUUUCCCUCCUCUUCCUCUGGUUCAUCAUCCUCUCAGGCUUGACCUCUACCACGCCAUUCGAUAAGACGUAUUUCCUCCGCGCCGACACUGGCGGUAUCUCGGGUGCUCGUGAAGUCACACAAUGGAACUUCUUCUACAUUUGCGGUGCCGGCAACAACGAUUGCGAUGGCGCCCGCGCUGCCCCCGUCAUCGGUCGCGCCUGGGACUCAAACCCACGUAAUGCGCCCAGCUCGCUUGUCGGUGGUCGUGCUGGUGAUACCACAUCGAACAGACAGUUCUUCUUGUGGCGGUUUGGCUGGGUUUUCAUCCUGAUCACUCUUUUCUUCGAGACCAUCGCCUUCUUCACUGGCUUCAUUGCCUGCUGUGGCCGUCUUGGUGCUGGAAUCUCUAGCCUCAUGUCCAUGUUCGCCCUUUUCUGCUCCUCAGUUGCCAUGUCCCUAAUGACUGCUACCUGGGUUCUCGCUCGCAAUGCCUUUCACCGCGACGGUCGAUCGGCCUCGAUCGGCCGCUAUGCCUUUGGUUUUGCGUGGGCAUCAUGGGCCACUCUGCUCAUUGCUACCAUUCUCUUCUGCUUAGGCAUGCGCGGUGACAAGUCGUCAAGCGGAGGUUACAGCGGCCGCUCAUGGCGCCGUAGACGAAGCGUGCGUAGCAGCCACGGCCCAGGCUAUGAGGGCCGCCGUGUUAAGGAUGACUAUUCCUAA